GAGAUGCUGAGUUGGUUCUGCCCCUUGUGGGACUGCAGUCGCUCCUUCCUGCAGCCGAGCGUGCUGCGAACUGGGAGGAUCUUCUCUCACAAGAGCAGCAGCAGCGGCUGUCCUUCGCGCGGGUGCUUCUGCGAGGACCGAGCUUGGCAGUGCUGGACGAGCCGCUAGCGAGUCUGGAUGCCGAGGAGGCUAGUCAACUGCUGCAGCAGCUCCCGGCCGAGACUGCAGUGCUCACCUUGUCCAG